AUGAACUCAAUUCUCGUUAUUCUGAUUCUGACAAUUUGCUCGAUUUCGGCGUGUCCUGGACUCUUCGGUGGGCUCGGCGGAUGUGGCGGCGGCAGUGGCGGCUGUGGCGGCGGUUGCGGACGAAGGAAGCGGUCGAUUCAAGGUAGCGAAGAGUUUUUUGGAAUCGCCAGCAGCCAAGAAGACAUGCUCUGCAAUAGUCCGGAAAUGCGGAAGACGAUGAAUAUUGCGAUGAGGCCGUCGCCGGUGGACUCGAGCAAAGCGAUUCAGACAGCUUUAGAGGAGCAUGGAUUGUUUAGAUACGUCGUCGUUUGCUCAGAGGCGCCAUUCGUGUACGCUGUUCGAAUCGACACCGCCUACUGCAGUUCGCGGAACAAGAAUCAUUUCUGUCAAGCGUUUGCCAUCUAA